UGUUUUCAGAGGACUCUCUGCCAUCCUGUGUGUGUCACCUAACGCGAACCGUUACCAGCAGUCGCCACCAUGGCUGAGAAUGCAGAGGCCCACUCCGCCACUCUUACCACCAAUCGCAACUGCACCAUGGAAAUCACCAACAUCACCACCGCCUACUGCCUCGUCAACCCAAAGGUUCACAUGGAAAGUGGCUUCGCCCACAGCCCUCCGCAGCCCACUGUGCGCACCACUAAGACAGAGGUGUGCUCUUUCACCAAGGAUGACAACACAGCAUCAGGUGCUGCGGGUGUGCUGACCUACGACCUGUUUGACAUGCGCAACCGCCGCUGCGAUGGCAUUGUGGCCAUCAUGUUCUCCGUGCCGUUCGACUACAACUUCUACAAGAACUGGCUCGGCGUGGGUGUCCUUGAUAAAUCGAGAGCUGUCGACAGUAAGUUGUUCAACUACAUGUACAACGAGAAGAACUGCAGCGACUUUGUCCGCUACGAGGCCAAAGGCUCAGGGCUGCUGUUCAGAGGCAAUACGGUGGAUGUGAGGGCAUGUAUGUCCGAUGAGGGCAAAGCUAUUGUUAAACUGGAGCUGUAUGACAGGAUGGGCUAAAGAGUCCGGUUGUAUUAUAAUGAGAAUAAAAUGUUCGCAAACAAAUGUGUCGAGUGUAUUUGCUGAUAUUCCUGAAAACCAAAGUGCAAGUUGUCAUCCUUAUGAUUUAGAGGUGCUUUAAACAAAUAAAAAACAAUUCAACUGA